CGGAAGUUGGACUCGGAGCUGUGGCGGUGGCGAGUUGAAAACCUCCACAAGAAGAGCACUCUGUGAAGCGCUGCAAAAGUCACGAGGAGAGUUUGCCACCUUUGGCUGCUCUAGAUUUGCAGCUCACAUGGCCGCCCCGCUCGAUUUUCGGCACCUCGACGAAGGGGUGGGGCAUCAGAAGCGAAGGAAACGAAAAGCAGAGGAAUGGGAAGAAGAGCAGCAGGCAGCCAAGAGGGUGCCAGUGCCCAUGGAGGAGGACACGGGGGCGGUCGCCGCAGUAGCAGAAGAGAAAUCUUAUACGGGAACUCUAGGGGGGCGGGCAUCGGGCAGGAAAUGGCGGGCGGCGGUGUCAGAGCGGACGUCGUCAUUGAAACGGAAUGGCACGGCGGUGCUGAAGACUAGUUGGGAGAAGAAGAUGCAGCUGAAAGCGCAAGCGAAGUCCUUCAAAGAAAGAAAAGAGGUACUCAAGGAGACAAUCCGAAGUAACAAGCAGGCUAAGCGGGCGCAGGUCGCGGAGCGCAAAAAGAGGAAAGAGGAGAACGAGCUGAAGAGUCUCGUCGUGCAAAAGAUUACAAACCCAAAAACCAUAAAGAAGAUGAAAGCCUCCAAAAAGCAACGGAAGUUGUUGCGGACAGCUGCGGGUACAUGAUACCAAUACACGUGAUUGGUGUAACAGAUGAUUUGCGAACAUUGUGUUCACUGUUUACCGCCGAUUUGCCAUUUAAAGCUAUUGUGACAUAGGGGGCACAUGUUGAGCCGCAAUCACUGUAGUAUCUGGUUCCACUUGCCAUGAUGCACGUUAAUCUAAGUAUCUUUCAUGUGCGAUAGCAUGGUGCUUUUAGUCUGCUGCCGAGUUUGGAUAUGAAUAGUCAAUAUCACCACAUAUUUUAAUAAGGCAGUAGCUUACUGAAGUUAGGCAGGAAUGGGGGAGCCAGCACUCUCUCGCUCGUGCAAGUCGAUCCGAGUAGCAACUAAUUUAUUUCAAUUAUUUAUCG